UCGGAGUGUGCCUGUUGUUUUGCAGCUGAACUAGUGUCAGAUGAUAAAUAUUUUUCUGCGCAUUCACAGAUAUUCACUUGUAGUAAAGGUGAAAAUGUGAUGGCAUUUGUAAAAAAAAUGUGAUUUACUAUUGAUAGAAGACCUCGACAUUGUCGUUUUGUUGAUCUACCGUUUCGUGUACUGCUGCGUAAACUAGUAGAAGCAGAAAUGUUACGAGUUAAACGAUAGACGAGGAGUAACUGUUAAAAUAAAAAGUGCACAAAAGUGAUGUCACCUGCAAUUGCGUUUGAUUGUUGAUUAAUGAUGGAGGUGACGGAUCAAUGUAGUAAUUGUUUGAUACUAGUGUAAUGGAUGAUUGAAAAAUAGUGACUAUCUUACACAUUUGAGUCGCAUAUGUGGUCAAUGAUUAUUGUUUUGUUUAAAGAUCAUAAAAAUCACUUUAUGAUAGCAAAGGAAGAUUCGGUGGAAGCAAGUAGUGGAUGUUGUUCUUCGGUUUCAUUGGCCGAGUGCUAAAAAUAGAAAAUAAAAAAAAACACUAGCAGUGAAACACGCAUGCAAAUUUGGUUUCUACCAAACAGACGCGUAGCAGAUCGAAAACUCCACGAUGGUUUUCGAAAGCAUUGUCGCAGACGUCCUUAAUCGAUUCGUCGGUGAAUAUGUGGAAAAUUUGGAUAAGAAGCAACUAAAAAUUGGCAUAUGGGGUGGUGACGUCGUGCUGAACAAUCUGACCCUCAAACAGAGCGCCCUGAAGGAGCUCGAUCUCCCGGUAAGCACAGUCUAUGGUCAUCUUGGAAAGUUGGUUCUGAAGAUCCCGUGGAAAAAUCUGUACAGUGCACCCGUCGAAGCCAUCGUUGACAAACUGUAUCUGCUGGCCGUUCCCAACACAGAUGUUCGCUACAAUGCUGAGAAGGAAGACAGGAACUCCUUCGAGGCGAAGAAGGCCGAAUUGGCACGUAUCGAGCAGGCGAAGAAAACUGAAGCAGACAAGGAUAAACCGGUGGCUGAUAAAUCAUUUACCGAGAAACUUACCGCCCAGAUCGUUAAUAAUGUGCAGAUCAAGAUAUCGGAUAUUCACGUCCGAUACGAGGACACUACCACCACGGGAUAUCCGUUCGCCUUCGGAGUUACGUUGAGUAAUCUGAGCGUGCACACGACCGACGAACAUUGGGUACAAACGCUGGUGUCACAAUCAGUUACUAAAAUCUAUAAAGUAGCUCAGUUGGAAAUGUUGUCAGUGUAUAUGAACUGCAACACGCAGCUCUUUCAAGAACAGGAUCAAUCCACAUACAAGACACUUUUUCAGGAAACAAUAGCUUCGAAACUUCACAAACCGGAAGGUUAUCACUACAUUUUCGGUCCAAUCAGUUCAGGAGCUAGGCUGGAGAUGGUACCGAACCCGGAAUCGGAAGAGACACCGUUCAGUUCUCCCAAGAUCAAGUUGAAUUUAUGCAUGGAAACACUAGGAAUUGGCAUAACAAGAGUACAGUUUCAAAACAGUAUGCAGUUGUUGGAGGCUUUUGGACGAAUGAUGCGAGCUGUACCAUACAGGAAAUACAGACCUCACGGCAUUACCUACAAGGGUAACUGCAAGUCUUGGUGGAAAUUUGCAUUCACUUGUGUCCUGGAAACGGAAGUACGACGGCGUCGUAAGAACUGGUCCUGGGAUAACAUGCGUCGCCACAGGCAGAAUCUGGGACAAUACGAAGAAGCGUACAAAGUACAAUUGACUACUAAAAAAUUAACCCCCGAGAUAACAGCUAGAUGUGAAGAGUUUGAAAGAAUACUGGAUCUGCAUAACAUCCUCGUGAUAAGACAGAAAAUAGAGCUGGAAGUCAUAAAGCAGGGUAAAAAGCAAGACGAAGAACAGAAAGGAGGCUGGUUCAGUUCCUGGUGGGGAGGUGCUAAGAAAACGGACGAUGCUAACAACACAACUGAUAUUAAAAAACAAUUUGAAGCCGCGAUGACACCGGAGGAAAAGGCAAAGCUAUUCAAUGCUAUCGGAUACCACGAACAGGAUUCUCCUACCGAACUUCCCGAGUACUACGUUGCUCAAGUUUUACAAUUUGAGCUGAAGUCGUUAGAGGUUUCAAUCAAAUCAGAAAUAACCGUUGACUCCCAGGAGAAAUUGUUGAAAUUCGCUCGGCCGUUGGAAAGAAUUAUGCUACUUGAAUUAAACAAUGUCAUCUGCAGUGUGCAACAGAGACCAUCCGCUGCAGCAAUGAAAGUUGCUCUUUCGAUGCAAGAGCUCACCAUUUCCGGUUUGCGACAGAAUGAGUCCCUUCCAAUCAUAGUCAAGUCCCAGCUGGAUAGGUCCGACACAUUGCUUGACGUAUCGGUAGAAACAAAUCCAGAGGAUAAACUGUUUGAUCUACGGGUAGAAGUGACCUCGCGACCGCUGCAAAUUAUAUAUGAUGCAGAAACUAUAAUUCAAUUGGCGAAAAUCUUCAGGACGCCUACGACGGCUACUAUUUCACAACUAACGGAUGCUGCCGCCGAGAAACUAGUCAACAUUAAAGAACGAUCUGCAACUGGAUUGCAAUAUGCUAUCGCCAAUCAUCCCCGAAUGGAGUUGAAGGUCGACAUAAGUCCCAGUUAUCUGAUAGUGCCCAAUGGCGGUUUGUUCUGUGGCCGCGAGUCUGUUUUAAUUGUUAGUUUGGGCAAACUGUUGGUCCAAACCGAAGCUCGCCCACUGAAUCAAAAAGACGUACACACAAUGCACGAGGAAGGAGCAAAACAAGAAGAAAUUCUGAAUGAAAUCAUUCGACAGAGCUACGAUAAGUUUGUGCUCGAAAUUCGUGAUGUACAGGCAAUUGUGGCAACGUUCGAUGAAGAUUGGCAAGGGACGCUACAGUGCAGUACGGUGACGGAGAUGCAUUUGUUGGAACCAACGUCCUUCCGAAUUUCGGCGCAUCUUUGCGUAAUCGAUGACGAUCCGCGCUUACCGAAGUGUAAAAUUUUUGGUGAGCUUCCUUCAGUCAACAUCUGUGUAACGGAACAACGAGUACUGGAAGCACUAUCGAUUGUGACUAGCCUUCCGCUACCCGAGAGUGACCAACCCCAACCGGCACCCAUAGCCAAGGACAGUAAUGUUUUCAGUUCUAGCCUAUCGCUAUUGAAGUAUUUGGAUGACACACAGCAGAGACUGACAAAGAUACAACGACCGGCGGAAAAUUUGAACACUUCGGAUGUGGUGGAUGGCGAGGUAGUUCAGUUUAUUGAUUUGGAAGUGAAAUUUGUUCUGAAUGAAUGCUCACUGACAAUUUUCAAAAUUAGUGGUACUGGAAGUAGCUCAUCGGACGUAUUUGCAACGCCAACGGAAGAAUUCAGUCAGUCUCCUCUUGAGCAUACUUUAACACAACGGAAGAGUGUGGCGUUUAAUGUGCCCUUUUUGAACACAAACUCUCGCAAGAUUGUAGCAAUCAAAGUAAAACAGCUGGAGAUGACCAUGGUACAACGAACGUAUGAUUUGAAAGUAGCUUUGAAACUAGGAGCAGUAACAUUAGAUCAAUUCCGUAUUAAAAAUGAACAAGAAAAAAUUCUCAAUGUUAUUCAGACUCCCAAGUAUGACGACAACGAUGAUUACUUAUUUACCCUGAGCUAUACUAAUUGCAAGAAAAAUAGUCCUGAAUUCGUCACCAAGUAUGAAUCAGUCGAGCAAGAAGUUGGCAUCAAUUUCUCCACUUUGGUUCUGUUGUUGCACGAAGAAGCGUUGAAUGAACUGAUAAGACUGGCUAACGAUUUUCAAGUGCGAAUGGAAUUGGUGAUGAGUGGUAAGAAAGAGCAGGAACUGAAACAACACCCGGAGCGUGAUCGCAUUGCUACGACGUACGAGUCUGAAAGCACAGCGUCGGUAUUGCUACAGGCAGCAAAGGAGAAGUUACCGACCAUUAUGGAGGAUGAUGAUACGGUGAUAGCGACAUCAACUUCUAAAGCUAAUCGUAAACGACCAUCAAUUGUAGACAGCAUAAAAAUUCGAGUGGUGGCUAAGCUGGAAGACGUGACGGUUGAGCUGCAGAACGAUAAGAGAUCGAUUGCCGUUCUGGAGGUUCAAAAUCUGACAUGUAGUGCAAUCAUAAAAUCAUCCUACACGGAAGUCGUUAUACGGCUUCAGGACAUCAUAUUAACCGACACGAAUCCAGUAACGAUCCACACAAAAAUCCUUUCGAUCAUCGGCGAUAACGCGUUACAAGUCCAGGUUGUAUUAUUCAACUUGGAAGCUACGUCAGACUACAACUCGGAUGAUAUGCGCAUUGAGGUGACGAUGGGUUGUGCCAGGAUUGUAUUUCUCAAUUGGUUCGUUACGUCGGUGCUCGCCUUUCUGGAUAACUUCCAAGCGGCCCAGCAACGCAUCAAAGACGCAAGUGCUGCUGCGGCAGAGGCAGCUAGGAACAAUGUGGUAGAAGCCUACAGUAAGGCGACGCGAAUGAAGCUGGACAUCAAAGUGAAAGCUCCCAUUAUCGUGAUUCCCGUGGAUUCAAAAAGCUUGAAAGCAGUCGCAAUGGAUUUCGGUCAUUUGAGCAUUACUAACAAUUUCCGGGAUAUUGCAACGGAGAACGUCCAUGGGCCUGCCGUCAUCGACGAUAUGAAGAUCGAACUGAAAGACAUGAAGCUCUCGAAGGUUGACGUUUGUCCUUCGGAAGACCAUAAUACCUCGCAUCUUUCGCGAUUCGGUUCAGAUGACAUGAUCUACGGGAUUGUGCCGGACCAAAGUGCGGUCCUCAGUCCAACCAGUUUUACGCUUAUUAUGAGAAGAAAUCUUUCGUCCAGUUGGUACCGAGAGCAACCGGAUAUGGACAUUUCGGGACGGCUGAAAGCUGUCGAGCUCAACUUUAUUGCGACUGAUUACAGCGUAAUCAUGCAAAUACUAUCUAAAAAUAUGACCGAAGGCCAGGAUGAGUUCAAGAAGCCAGUGGCUAAAACUGAGAAAUCACCGUCUAGCCCUCAAAUAAUCAAUUAUACAACUUCAAAUGCUGACAAUUAUGCUAUCGAUGGUAAAACUAAUUGGUCUACAGUAGCGAAAAAAGCCACUGCGAAACCGUUUGGCGUGGACGUGGUCGCUUUGAAGACCCAACAGGAAACUUCCACCAAAGAGAAACAAUCUACGAAACAGAAGAUCGAUACUUUCCUGAAGUUUAGCUUCCAAAUUGACAGCAUCAACAUUAAACUGUUUACAGCUCCCGAUGAAGGACUAGCCGCCUUUGAGAUAUUCUAUCUCUCGCUACAGGGUAAAAAAUUAACCGAUGGUUCCCUCAACACGGCCGUCAUUUUGUGCGAUAUCCGACUGGAUGAUAUCCGGCCCAAUCGACAGAAUAUGUUGACGCGUCUGAUGGAGCGUCGUUCGAGCGAUGUGAGAAUCAGUAUUGCUAGUCGAAGUGACGACGACGAAACGGCCGCCCUACUGGCUCCGCUUCAUUCGAUGAUCGAUAUUACUUUCAACAUGAAAGAGAAUGACAUGUUUGCCGAUGUGAAGGUAUCAAGCUUCAAUCUCAUACUGUCGGUAGAUUUUCUACUGAAGAUACAGCAGUUCCUUCAACCGGAAGAGCUGAUGGAACAGAAGGCGAUACAGGCGGCCGAGGAACAAGCUCGGCGAGAAAGGAAAUCCAGCACCUCUACUGCACCGGUUGAAAAAUCCGAAUCCGGUCAGAUGACGGUAAUGAUUAAAAUCGAGCAACCGGAUAUCAUUCUGGUGGAGAAGAUGGACGAUAUCAACUGCUAUGCCUUGAUUCUGAACAACGAAAUAUCCUUGAACGUACGUUUGGUGGGAGAACGACAAAUAAUCAAAGGUGAGCUGAAGGAUCUCUGUCUGUACUACGCCGAAUUCAAUCCGGAGAGACGCAAUGACACCAAACAUUUCGUAAUCCAUCCUUGCUCGGUCAGCUUGAACGGAUCUACACCGGAAGGCAAAGGUUUACAUCUCAGCUUGAACUCGACAAACAUUAAAAUCAGUGUGUCUCCCGCGGUCAUCGAGCUGAUGAAUAAUGCGCUGGUGACGUUGACUACGAAUGAACAGAUUAAGUUGGACGAGACUCAGCGAUCAGUGGAUUACAACGAUUUAUGGGACAUCAAAACGUACAAUCUGGAUGACUUUUGGUUCAUCAGACCUGAAAUGGCGGAGGACGCGUUGAGUUUGGAAUCUUUACGAAUGAUCGAUGUUAAAGAAGAAAAGUGUAUGGUAGAAGUUCCGUCAAUUUCACUGGUCAUUGAAACUGGUCUGGGAAUCAACACCAUUCCGAUGUUGUUCAUUGAGACUAGCAUGCAAGCGGAAAUAUCCAACUGGAGCUCGGAUAUGAAGAUUAGUAGCUCGCUGCGUUUGAGUAUGUCGUACUACAAUCAGGCAUUAGCACUGUGGGAAUACGUGAUCGAGCCAAAUGAAGUGGAACAGUCGAACGGAGCGAUCGAAGCAGUUCCGUGGGAGCUUACAUUUGAACUGGAAGUUGACCGUCACGAGGAUCGGUCGCGAGAUCCAACCACGAAGAUUCUGGUUGGUUCUAAAGAUAGCUUGGAGAUGACUGUCUCCAAAACCUGUCUGGAUGUAAUUCAAAAUUUGGGGAAAGCUUUCUCAGAAGCAAUCAAGCGCGAGGGUAUUGUAAAUACGGAAAUUCAAGCUCCGUACACAGUACAAAAUGACACAGGCCAGGAUAUUAAAGUAAACUUUAUAGGAAGCGAUUUUGUGCUUCAUCCUUCUCACCUACAAGAGGGCCGCGAAGAUGAACUGAUCGCAAUCGAGCAAACUAGCGCCCAGGAAAUUUUCAGUUGCAUCGUUAUGCCGAAUGGCAAGUUGAAUCUGGAACCGCGCGAAAAAGACACCGAUCUUUCCAUGCUGACUGUGAUGCAGGGUAACGAAAAUAGUGCCAAGAAAAAGUUUCUCAGAGUAAUCGUCGGUGAUACGGAGAAAGAGUUGACGCUUCCGGUGUACAAAUCGGAUAAACGUUACUUCCCUCUGUAUCGGAAGACCGACCAGGAGCCGUGGGCCAUCAUUUCAGAGGUGAAAAUUGAACAUGGUUCGACGCUGGUGAUACUACGAGGAAUCGUUCAAGUUUUCAACCAUUUCACUGCCCCCGUUUACGUUUAUCAGUUCAUUGAUCAUGAGAAGUACCUGGUGGGAGAAAUUCGUCCGGCUGGAUUUCUCAACGUUCCGUUAUAUUUUUUGUAUAGUGAUUCAAAGGAGUUGUACUUUUCAAUGAAGGGUUAUCACUCUUCUGCUCAGGGAAUCAGUUGGAAGGAACAGCCCAACAAUUCGGAACUGAUUAAGUCACUGCAGUGCGACCCCAUCAAGACCUUUGAACCAUUUUACAUCAACGCCGUUCGGGAACGCCACGGUGUGUUCCAUGAAGUGACUUCAAAGCACACGAUGCUAAGCGCUUGCUACGAAAUUCACCUCCGACCCCCGCUCAUGCUGCGAAACGCUCUGCCCAUCGGUCUGACCGUAUCGGUAGCCGGCUGUUCAGUGCGACGAGAUUUGCAAAACGAGUUCAUUACCAGUUCCGAAAGUAUUUCCACCACCUCUACGAUCGUUGGCGAAGACUAUCUGGACUAUGGUGAAAAGCUGCUUCGUCCCGGAGAACUUUUACAUCUACCUACGGUAAAGACUGCCGCUCGGUCAACCACGGAGGUUUCCUAUCUGGUAGCAAGGCUGGUUAGUUACUUGGAAAAAGACUGGUCUUGCACAACGGAAAUCCCUGCUCAGCCCCCGGAGUUCGGGGUUUGGACGUUCAACGCCUACGAUUCCGUUGAAGUGAUGUCCCUGCAGCUGGGCGUUAAAUAUGAAAACCGAAACGACGGUUUGACGUUGAUUGUUUACUGCCCAUUUUGGAUGCUCAAUAAAACGGGUUUGAUGCUCAGCUAUAGAAAAUCAAGAAAAACUGAGAAGAAAGAGUUGGCUGGUAAAACUAAUUACAAGUCAAACGACGAGAACACAAACAUUCUGUACCAUCCACCGGAGUACGAUGGACCGGUUCUGUUCUCAUUUCGCGAAAAAGUGUUCUUCGGCAAAAAGAAAGCAGCCAUCCGGGUAGACACCGGAGAAUGGAGCGAAAAAUUCUCGUUGGAUGUGGCCGGUUCCAGUGGUGUGAUCGCGUGCCAGGCCAAUAAUAUGACCUAUCAGAUCGGAGUUCAAAACACCCUAACGCACAAUUCGCUGACGAAACAGAUUGUGUUCAUGCCAUACUUUGUGCUCAUCAAUCGAGCGGACUUUGACGUAGAAGUUCAGGAACAUUUACGUCCGGGUGACCCCUGGACUAAGGUGACAGUCAAUGGUUGCGUACCGCUGUGGCCAAACAACGAGGAAAACCGAAUGCUGCGGGUCAAAGCUUCCGGAUGUCCACAAAUAACGGCCCCGUUCAAAUACACCGAAGUGCAAUGCACGCUGUUACAGCUGAAAAAUCGUUACGGCGGCAUCAACGUGGAUGUUCACGUGACGGAAGGUGCCAUUUAUAUUACCUUCUCCGGAUACUACGCCGGAGAUGCCCCUGCACUGCUCAUAAACCAUACCAGCGAGGUGUUCGCCUUCAAAGAGAAAGGUGAUGUGAAUGGGAAAAUCCUUAUGCCAAAUCAAAUGGUUCUGCACACCUGGAUCAACCCGUCGGGCGAAAGAAAGAUCGUUUGGGACAGCGGAUCGAAGUUGGUUUCAGUUGAAAAUGAUCUACGCCGGGACGAUAUCAGCGAGUUCAAAUCCCCCUCAGACAGCGAUAUAUUCUGGGUCUCGUUUCUCAACGGAACCCAACGUGUUCUGCUGGUCACCGAUAAUGCCAAUAUUGCCUACGGAGUGCACAGCGCUAGUAGACUGGAUCAAGUAACGCAGGAAAUCAAACUGGAAAUUCAUGGCGUCGGUUUAUCACUGGUAAAUAAUAUGAAACAGUGUGAUCUGAUGUACAUUGGAAUUGCCAGCUCGGGAGUCAUUUGGGAGGAAUGCAAACGUUCCGGCCGUUUCAAGCAAAUGAAGAUCCAGGAGACCUACUACAUGGAAAACCUGUAUCAGCAGUUUCUGCGCGACGAGGAAAUUGGUGUCUCAUCCAGCAAAAAGUACUUCCUAGAAGGCGAAAAGCGUCUUGAAGUGAAUUUUGUUCACAUGAUCAUCAGAAAAUCAACGGAUCGUGAAAUCAAACGUACUUUCUAUCCGGGUCUAUGGUUUGAAAUCAAAUCGUCAUCCCACCAGAUGCAGUUCCAUGCAAAGAUAAACCGUAUUCAAAUAGACAAUCAACUAUCGGACUGUAUAUUUCCCGUAGUGCUCGCACCGGUACCACCUCCGAAAAGUGUAGCCGCCACCACCGAGUUCAAACCAUUCAUCGAGAUGAGUAUGGUUCAGAGGAUCAUUCCGCAUUCGAACGUCAAACAGUUCAAGUACUUACGGGUACUGAUGCAAGAGUUUCACGUCAAGGUAGAUUUGCUGUUCAUCAACGAGAUUUUCGAAAUGAUUAGUACGGAGAUUACCGAGGCAGAGGCGAAAAAACUGUUCGCCGAAGAUCUCAAAGUCCAAACACAACCUCUUUACGCACACGUUGCCAUUCAAUCCCAGGCAGAGGUGAAGAACUUCUACGAUAAUCUACACCUGGGACCGCUCAAAAUUCACGUCAGCUUUUCGAUGGCUGGUUCCGAAUCGAAAGCCCUACCCGGAAUUCUGUCGACUAUUCUGCAAGGAGUUGGUGUAACUUUGACCGACAUCAAUGAUGUCGUUUUUCGGUUGGCCUUUUUCGAACGGGAAUUUCAAUUUCUUACCCAGAGGCAGCUGGUAUCGGAGUGUGUAACGCAUUACAGUGGUCAAGCGGUGAAGCAACUGUACGUGCUGGUGCUUGGUUUGGACGUUAUUGGAAACCCGUACGGGUUGGUGGUUGGAUUUACGAAGGGUGUAGAAGAUCUGUUCUACGAACCCUUCCAGGGAGCCAUCCAAGGGCCAGGUGAGUUUGCGGAAGGACUGGUACUCGGGGUGAAAUCACUUUUCGGUCAUACUGUGGGAGGUGCAGCGGGAGCAGUUUCAAAAAUUACCGGUGCAAUGGGUAAAGGUCUAGCCGCGCUUACGUUCGACGAUGAUUACCAGAAGAAGCGUCGCGAUGCAUUGAACAAAAAACCGGCCACAUUGCAGGAGGGGAUCGCUCGCAGUGGCAAAGGUCUGGUAAUGGGCGUUUUCGACGGAGUGACCGGUGUUUUUACCAAACCGAUUAGCGGUGCCAAGGAGGAAGGUGUCGAAGGUUUCUUCAAGGGACUGGGUAAAGGUGCGGUAGGAUUGGUAGCCCGUCCGAUUGCCGGCGUGACAGAUUUCGCUAGUGGGAGUUUCGAUGCGGUUAAGCGAGCAACCGAACUAUCCGAUGAAGCGAUUAGGCUGAGACCUCCGCGGUUUCUGCACAAGGAUGGUAUUGUGCGACCAUACAAUAGACGUGAAGCGGAAGGGAACAAACUGUUGAAGGAAAUUGACAAGGGCAAGUUUGCAGUUACGGAUGUUUUUGCUUAUUACGAAUCAGUAAGAGACAAUAAAGAUGUAGUAGUUUUGACAGACUGUCGAAUCAUUUAUGCUAUAAAAAGCGAUCUGUUCGGUGGAUGGCAGUGCGAAUGGACCUACCGGUGGAAAGAAAUUCUUAGCAUAUCGGUUCUGAACGACGGGAUAGAGAUGCUACUACGUAGCAAGGACAAUAAGUCGGCUUUGAAGAAAAUGUUUGCCUCGAAUGCAAACCAGAAAAAGAUAAUACUGAUAGCGGUAGCAUAUCGAAGGAAUCGGCUUUCGGAAAUCAUGGAACGUCUUCGGCAGAAAGCUGAGUAACAGAACGAAAAAAAAAUUAUGUAAUUAUAAUAAUGUUAUCAUCACUCUAAUACGCCACUAAUUAGAAUAUCAUCCGAUCGGUGUUUGGCUUUGAGCAGUCUCAACAACUAUUCUUCUAGUGACAUUGUUUGAUAGCCAUACCUUCACUCUGCACUAGCUAGCAACGGCAAGUCUUUUAUCGAUCAUGGUAGCUUUACUAACAUACUAGAGAAAUAACGGUGAUAUUUAUCCCAGUCACUAGACUUAUAUGUAAUGAUUCAAUUGUAGCUAUUCAUAUUACCGUCCAGCGGUGUUUUGUUGGAGUUACAUUAAUCGUUGUAUAUGUAACAAAUAUAUAUUGCGAUGUAGCCUUUGAGCGUGAAAUCGGAGAUGUUUGGAAAUACAAUAGUAAGGACGAGCCUUUCAAUCCAAAUUCAUCGUUAGGAUCGCAUUACUCCCCAUAUGUGUACAGCAAACAACCAAAUGAGACCAACUAGAUUCUAUACAGCGUGGCUUCACUGUGGAAAGAAACAGAAGCAAUCUCUUUUAUCUAUACUGAUGGGUAUCAAAAAGCGAAUAUUAGUUAGUUGGUUAGGGUUUAUAAUCAGUACAAAGACUAAAAAUCCGAAGCAUGGUACAAGCACGUCUCAGCUGAGAACAAAAUACGGACGAGUCGGUAGGAGUCGCACUUGCUUUCCAUGAGAACUUAUAUUAUUUUUUACCAAGAUGUUAAUAAUUCAACUGACAUAAUACACGUAUUGAAUUUAAA